CACUGAGUUUGAUAAAACAAAAAAGAUAUGGUUAAGAGUUGAAAGGACCACUUAGCAGUAGUAUUUUCCAAGUUGGGGAUUUUAUGGGUUAAAUUCUUCAACUUGACUACCUACUUUUUCUAUGUCCUUUCUGUUUGUUGUUUAUUUAGAUAUCUUCUCAUGGGUAUCAACUAGACUUGGCACCGUCGAUCGUCAUGUUAAAUACUACUAGGCCGUUGGUGAUCCCAUUAAGAACAAGUUUACUUGUUGCACUAAGGAGCAGAAGACCAGUGGUGUCAUGAAUUCAAAAGUUUAUAGAGGAAACAUGAGAAGCAGAAGAGGAAAUAAAUCAGAGUCAUUUUGGCCUUCCCUUGUAAUGAAAAAAUGGCUAAAUAUUAAGCCGAAGGUACACGAAUUCAGUGAAGACGAGGUUGAUACCGAAACGGAGAGUGAGGAUGAUACUUGCUCUAAUAAAGAUUCGGAAGAAGACGUGGGCAGGGGACGAAUCGGUAGAAUGCAGGGGAACCAAUCCAUACGCCCACUUCAAGAUUCAGGGUUUAAGCCAAAAGAAUAUCAAUUAAAACAUAGAAGAGGAAAAUCAGAAACUUUACGUCUUCAGUACAUAAACACAAAGGAAGUGAGGGUAACAGUAGGGACAUGGAACGUGGCUGGACGACAUCCGUCUGAAGAUCUAAAGAUAGAUGACUGGCUGUGCAUGCAAGAACCAGCAGACUUGUAUAUUCUUGGAUUCCAGGAAGUGGUUCCGUUAAAUGCCGGGAAUGUAUUUGGGGCAGAGGAUAACAGACCAAUUCCAAAAUGGGAAGCUCUGAUUCGUAAGACUCUGAACAGGUCUUCACAACCUGAAACAAAAUUUAAAAGUUAUAGUGCACCUCCCUCUCCAGUAUUCAGAACAUCUGCUGCGGACGACGUACUUGCUGAGGGAAUUGAUGUCUCUGAAGUAGUAGAGAUUGUGAACGAAGAAAAUUUUGAGCUUCUCAAGGGUAAGGAUAUCGGGCGACAAGAACAGAAUGAUUUACUUAAUACAAGCAAGAAAUUACAGUUACAAAGAAUUUAUGGGAUAGACAGUGACAGGAGAAUUGAUUGGCCUGAACUCUCGUUGGACACACCAUUACAAGUUUUUCCUUCAAGGCCAGAACUUCGGAGAGUUCUUAGUACUUCUGGAAGGGUUGGGUUUGACUGGAUAGGCAAACCUCAAUUUUUUAAUAAUCAAGACUUAGCAGUAAAUGGUGGACUGAGAAGAGUGCGUCAUAGUUCAGGCAACUUAGGAUUACACUGGAUGGAAAACCAAGAGAAGAUUGAUGUUCUUAAUUCACUUUCUGAUGUCUCUGAUAAUUCUGAAAAUGAUGAUGAUGAUGAAGAAGAAGAAGAAGACUCGCAACUAGAUUUUGAAGGGGAGGAUUUCGAAACUGAAAUAGAAACAGAAAGCAAAAAAGUUCGCGCUAAAUAUGUGCGCAUUGUUAGUAAACAAAUGGUGGGCAUUUAUGUGUCAAUUUGGGUCCGCAGGAGGUUAAGAAGGCACGUUAACAACUUGAAGGUUUCUCCGGUUGGAGUUGGUCUCAUGGGCUACAUGGGAAACAAGGGAUCUGUUUCUGUCAGCAUGUCUCUCUUUCAAACACGACUUUGUUUUGUGUGUUCACAUCUAACUUCUGGUCACAAGGAAGGGGAUGAUCAGAGGCGUAAUUCCGAUGUCUAUGAAAUUUUAAAACGAACACAAUUUUCUUCACUGCUUGCUGCAGAUCAAGUGGAGACAAUUCCAUCUCAUGACCAGAUAUUUUGGUUUGGGGACCUGAAUUAUCGUCUGAAUAUGUUGGAUGCUGAAGUGAGGAAGCUCGUUGCCAAGAAACAGUGGGAUGGACUGAUCAACAGCGACCAGCUAAUCAAAGAACUUCGCAGUGGACGUGUUUUUGAUGGAUGGAACGAAGGGACAAUAGAUUUCCCACCUACUUACAAGUAUGAAUUCAAUUCAGAUAGAUAUGUUGGUGAAAGCCCAAAAGAAGGAGAAAAGAAGAGAUCCCCAGCAUGGUGUGAUAGGAUACUGUGGUUCGGGAAGGGAAUCAAGCAACUAAGUUACAAGCGAGCAGAGUUGAAGCUUUCAGAUCACCGUCCUGUAAGUUCCAACUUUUUAAUUGACGUUGAAGUCUUUGACCAUCGGAAACUCCGCAGAGUUUUGAAUUUUACCAAUGCACAAGUGCAUCCGGAAGUCUUCCCCGAGGAGGAUGUGGAAUGAGAAACUUCACGGAUAACAGGUUGAAACUCAUUUGUGGAAUAACACCGAACCAAGAGCCCAACUGUGCGUAGGACAACCUUACCUCCAGUUACAAACAGUAUAAUGGACAAGAUGUGUGAGGCUUGGCGGUUAAACUUGGAUACAAUCGACAUCCUGAAACCACGUAGCACUUCACGACGACAUGUGCCACUUUUCGAUCUUAAUUGGCGGCGUUUAUGUAACAAAGGUGAAGUGAAGAGCAAAACAAGAUCCUAACGUACAUACACAUAAAUACACACACAUAGAUACACCCAAAGAUUUUCUCCCUGAUAACUUCUGAAAGCUAGUAUAUGUUUUUAGGAAUGAAUGAUUCGGACGAGACUUUAAUGUAUUUUGGAUUAACAUGGGGUUAGUCGUGGGAGAGCUUCUCUGACUUUAAUGUAUUUUGGAAGAGUGGACAAAUCACUUGUUAGUCGUGGGAUAGUCUGCAAAAGAUUUUUAUAAUAUAUGUUAGUGGCGAAGAAUUCAUAGGAAUUUUUCCGAAGUCCCUCACAAACAACAUGCAUUAGUCGUGGGAGAUUCUGGUGUUCAGCUCAGAUUAACGAGGGGUUAGUCAUGCAAGAGGUUUUGAGAUAUUUAUAUAUAUUCUAGAAGAUCACUUGUUUGGCGUGGGACAGUUUGAUAAACCUUAUAAUCUGUGUUAGUGGUGAGAGAUUUAUAGGGGUUUAUCCAAAUUGUCUUGUAAAAAUAUGCAUUAGUCGUAAAAGAUUUUUUUUUUAAAGCCC